CGGGUGGAGGGCCCGCCCGCCUGCAGUGCUGGCCAUGGCGGCGACAGGAGCGGGAGAGCGUGCGGGCGCGGCUGCGCUCAGGGACAUGUCUGCGCGGCCCCUGGGCGCGGCGGAGCCGAUGUCCCUCGGCUCGCUGCAGGGAAAGGUGUUGCUGGUGGUUAACGUGGCGUCUCUUUGAGGCACCACCACCCGCGACUUCCUUCAGCUCAGAGACCUGCAGCAGCGGUACGGGUCUCGCGGGCUGCAGGUCCUCGCCUUCCCCUGCAACCAGUUCGGGCAUCAGGAAAAUGCGACGAACGAGGAGAUCCUGUUGUCGCUAGAGCAUGUCCGUCCUGGGAAGGGGUACAAGCCCAACUUCAUCGUGUUCGAGAAGUGCGAGGUUAACGGGAAGAACGCGCACCCCCUCUUCACCUUCCUGAAAGAGGCGCUACCCUUCCCGCACGAUGACCCCUCCUCACUGAUGACCAACCCGCAGUACAUCAUCUGGUCCCCAGUGUGCCGCAACGACAUCUCCUGGAACUUCGAGAAGUUCCUCAUCGGCCCGGACGGCGUGCCCUUCAAACGCUACAGCCGGCACUUCGAAACCAUCAAGAUCCAGGAUGACAUUGAAUUGCUUCUGGAGAGGGUUGCCAAGUAAAGCGGAGCACAGCAGUGCCCGCUGCUUAGCUUAUUGCAUGCCUGCCUGUGCUCCUCACAGGGGGCUGCUGCUCUGGCAGAAAUCCCAGUGUCUCAUGCAGAUUUUGUGUUUGAUGGUGCAUCUUCCAAAUUCUUGAAGUGUACUUGAUGUUUUUAAAAGCUGCAUGUGGAUGUUUGGGAAACUAUGCUGGGGAAGGUGGCUACAAGUCUGAGUUACCUUACUGUGAUUCUCUGAAUAAA